GGUGGACGCCUGUCUGGCCGGCGCCUCGGCGCGCGGGUUCCCAGCGAUCCGCCGUCGAUUGGCAGUGCCUGAGCGGCGCGCCCUGAGCUCGAUUGGCGCUGCCUGCGGGGGCGGAGUCGUUGUCUCGGGCGCCGCCGCUGCCGCCGCGGGCUCGGUGUGAGAGGAAGGGCCUAGGCCCGGGCCUGCUGUGUGGGCUCGCCGAGCGCCGUCCCCUCGGCCCCAGCUUCGCCGCCCUCCGGACCCCCACGGGCUGGGCGCGAGGCACCGCUGCCGAAGCCAUGGAGGACGAGGUGGUCCGCAUUGCCAAGAAGAUGGACAAGAUGGUGCAGAAGAAGAACGCGGCUGGAGCAUUGGAUUUACUGAAGGAGCUUAAGAAUAUUCCCAUGACCCUGGAAUUAUUACAGUCCACAAGAAUUGGAAUGUCAGUCAAUGCUAUUCGCAAGCAGAGUACAGAUGAAGAAGUUACUUCUUUAGCCAAGUCUCUCAUCAAAUCCUGGAAAAAGUUAUUAGAUGGACCAUCAACAGAUAAAGACCCUGAAGAAAAGAAAAAAGAUACUGCAGUUACAUCACAGAAUAGCCCUGAAGCAAGAGAAGAAAGUAGUUCCAGUGGCAACGCGGGCAGCAGAAAGGAGGAGGCGGAUGCUCGAGAUACUUAUGUGUCGUCUUUCCCUCGGGCACCGAGCACUUCGGACUCGGUCCGCUUAAAGUGCAGGGAGAUGCUGGCGGCGGCUCUGCGGACGGGAGAUGACUACGUCGCCAUUGGAGCAGAUGAGGAAGAAUUAGGAUCUCAAAUUGAGGAAGCUAUAUAUCAAGAAAUAAGGAAUACAGACAUGAAAUACAAAAAUAGAGUACGAAGUAGGAUAUCGAAUCUUAAAGAUGCUAAGAAUCCAAAUUUAAGGAAAAACGUACUGUGUGGAAAUAUUCCCCCUGACUUAUUUGCUAGAAUGACAGCAGAGGAAAUGGCUAGUGAUGAACUCAAAGAGAUGCGGAAAAACUUGACCAAAGAAGCCAUCAGAGAGCAUCAGAUGGCCAAGACGGGUGGAACCCAGACUGACUUAUUUACGUGCGGCAAAUGUAAAAAGAAGAAUUGUACUUACACACAGGUACAAACUCGUAGUGCUGAUGAACCAAUGACAACAUUUGUUGUCUGCAAUGAAUGUGGAAAUCGAUGGAAGUUCUGUUGAGUUGGAAGAAAUGGCAAAAUGUCUGGACCAUUACAAAGUGGAUUUUGUAAUUAGCUUUAAAACUAGGCCACCUAGUUUUGCUGCAAAUCAGAUUUUUAAAGUAACAUACUUUGGGUUAGUCUUGGUUUUUGACAUAGCAUUCCUUCCUUAAAUGCCUUCUGUAGUUUCAGAUUGUUAGGGCGACCACAGAAUAAUUAUAUGGGAUCUGUUUCAAAAACGUGUUUUUUUGGUUUGUUUUUCAUUUUUAUAGUAAGUUGAUAUUAAUCUUUGGCAAUUUAUUCUUACCUUUUUUUUCUUUUCAAAGGAAAAUGUACCUUAAUUUUUUUACAGUCCAAAACAUACACAGUAGAAAUGUUAUUCUUCUCAGUUAAUACAUAAAUGGAAGUUAACAUUUUCCCCCCAUAUUGGCACGUACCUGCAAAUAGUGAAGGAGGAGAAGACAUAAUAUAAGUUUAUCAAAUGUGGUGUGUAUUGAGGUAAUACUUGACCAGCUUAUCUAAAUUGUACAUAAUAUUUGAACUAGCCUAUGAGAUUGAAUUAAUUAUUAUGUUCACAAGUCUGGGAUAAUUAGAUAUUAUUUUGCAUUUGUAACCGUGAUAAUCAUUUCUUGUAAUUUCUUGUACAUGUUUAUGACUUGUUCUUAAUAGAUUUUACUUUUGGAAACAUGACUUGACAUUGUUGAUAUCAGUUUGGGUUUGUUGUUUAUUUACCUGUUUGACUUUGUAGUGUAUUUUGGUUUUGCGGAACACUGUUGUAGUUGAGUAAGAUUUCUCAUGAAUCCCAGCAUAGGCAAAGAAGGAAAGCUUCUGACCAUUUUCCCCUCAUAGGAAGACAGUGUUCCUAGGAAGACAGUGUUCGUGUUUUAGUGCAGUAGAGUUACUGUCGACAGUUUAUGACUUGAUUUUGAUUUGGAAAUCUUUACUGACCAAGGAUUAAGUUUAAGGACUACGUAAAUCAUUAAAGCUGCGGUCUUUCCAUAUGGAGGUUGAUAGAAAAUAUUUUUGUCCUGAGCCCCAAUUCGCUUACUCUCUUUCUGUCACACAGUGAAUGAGGUUUAUAGCCCAUAAAGUGAUAUGGCCUAUAAUGCAGUUGGUUUAACAGAACAGAUCUUCUAGUUAAAUUUUAUUUUUAAGUGCGUACCAUUUGUUUUGUUAGAAAUAAGAAAAAAUGAGUUUCGUGUAGACUCCCUAGGGCACACUUGCUCUUGCGCAUCUUAGAGGCCACUUUUACGAAGGCCACCUUUUUAUCAUGGUCAAUCUGUAUUCUGUCAGACUUCUGUAGAAAGACCUGACACACUUUGCACUCCCCUUUGCUCCCCCUUUCCCACUUGGUGAAUGCAAAUCAGUUUGAUGUAAUACGGGCGACAGCGUCACAGGCCUAGGUUAGGACCCCGUGUGUGAGCGCUGACCCCUGUGCCGUCCUGCCUCGACCUCGUCCGUUCUCAGAUUAACCGUUAUCACUUGAAAAAUAAAGUGCAUUUUUGGAAGAAUGAGUUUUGGAAGAAUAAAACUAAAACAGUUUAAAAACCACUUUUAAAUUAAGUGACCCGUUUUUAAAUUUGUAAUCCAAUAAAACUUCUUGUUAUUAAACACGUA